AGUUGUGUUCUUGACCUCUCCAAGUGUCCUUUCAUUCAGGGCAAAAUGUGGUUUGCUCAGCCCAAGGAUGCUGGUUUUUCAUCUAUCCACAAUAUCAAUAGUCAUUUGGCCAGCCUCUCCAUUGUUGGAAACACGAUCCCCACUCCUGACCCCGCUAUUAAGGAGAAAGCUUUAUGUGCUCCGGAUAACUUGAAUGCAAGUAUUGAAAAUCAGGGGCAGAUUAAGAUGUACAUCAAUGAAGUGUGUCGGGAGACUGUGUCACAUUGCUGCAACUCGUUUCUGCAGCAGGCCGGAUUAAAUUUGUUAAUAAGCAUGACAGUUAUUAAUAACAUGCUUGCCAAGUCCGUUUCAGACUUGAAGUUUCCUUUGAUAGCAGAGGGAAGUGGAUGUGCUGAGCUUCAGGUUUUGAAACUGUUGAUGGGUUUGUCCGAAAAGCCAGUCUUGGCAGGGGAAUUGCUGGGUGCCCAAAUGCUGCUCUCAUUCAUGUCCCUCUUUAUGAGGAACGGAAACAGACAGGUUCUCCUGGACACCCUGGCCUCUUAA